AUUUUUGGGUGAACUGUCACUCUAAUGUGAAAUAUUGAUUUCUUUAGUCGACAGUAUCAUGAUAAAUGAUAAGAGAAGACUCCGGGUGAAUAGUAACGUUAAAAAGCAUUAUUGUGCUGAGAAAUAAAGAGAAUGUGGGGAAGAUCUUUUCAGGAAUAAGCCAAGCCCUUCAGUGCAGUGGGAGUUGUGCGAUACACACACACACAAACCAGCAUUCAAACCCCUCGACUGACGGAGAAAAGACAGAGGGUGGACGGGUCCGAAUUUCUCACCUGUGAUGAUGAUGAGUAGUAGAGCCACUAUGAAUCCUCGGACCUGGAUCUUUUGUGCACUUGUCAGUGUCCUCACAUGUCACCAAAGCACAAAUGCAUACAGAGAGACCCGAAGACGGAGGGUUGCAGAGGAUGAAUGGGAAGCGGCCCCUAAAAAAUGCUCGUACACUUUCUUGGUCCCAGAGCAGAAAAUUACAGGACCCAUCUGUGCCAGCCAGGGACCUUCUCUCCCAGACAAAGAGCGUGUUACGCAGAUGGACAUCGCUGACGUCCGGGAGCUCCUGACCAAGCAGAGGCGUGAAAUAGACACGCUCCGGUUAGUUGUGGACGUGGACGGAAACAUGGUCAAUGAAAUGAAACUUCUGCGCAAAGAGUCACGCAACAUGAACUCCCGCGUUACCCAACUGUACAUGCAGUUAUUGCAUGAAAUCAUUCGCAAGCGUGAUAAUUCAUUAGAGAUUGCGAUGCUGGAGGGCCGAAUCCUCAACGCCACGGCCGAAGCUUUGCGACUUUCUGCCCACUACAGACAGCUGGAAGCACGCUUCUCUGCGCUGGCUGCUCUGGUCAACAACCAGUCAGUGCUGAUCGGGGCUUUGGAGGAGAGAUGCCUGCAGGUUUAUGGAAAUCACAGAAAAGAGCCACUGCCUCCACCUCUUGUACAGGUAGUGCCGGAGAAUAUCCCCGUGUAUGUGCCUCGUUUUUCCAAUGAGAUUCAGAGGGCUCACAGUUGGGCCUUUUCAGGAGACAGAAGUUCCAGGACAGCACCUACAGAAAGCGCCGUAGAGCCGCAGCGUCCGCCACAGGGCAACUUCACCUUGGAGGGUCCCUUUCGGGACUGUUUGCAGGCGAUGCUGGCAGGACAUGCCACGAGCGGCAUUUAUCUUCUGAAGCCUGAUGGAAGCGAGACACCCGUACAGGCCUGGUGUGAGCAUGAUGUGGACAGAGGAGGCUGGACUGUAAUCCAGAGGAGGAAAGAUGGAUCGGUCAAUUUCUUCAGAAACUGGGAUAGCUAUAAGAAUGGCUUUGGUAAUGUGGAAGGUGAACACUGGCUGGGUCUGGAAAGCAUUUACAAUCUGGGUAGACAGGAAGACUACAAGUUACUGCUGGAACUGGAGGACUGGAUGAAUAAGAAGGUUUAUGCGGCGUAUAGCAGCUUUCACCUGGAGCCAGAGAGCCAAUCCUACCGCCUUCGUCUGGGUACCUACCAGGGCAAUGCUGGAGACUCCUUAACCAGUCACAACGGCAAACAGUUCACCACGCUGGACCACGACAGAGACGCUUUCUCAGGUAACUGCGCUCAUUUCCACAAGGGUGGCUGGUGGUACAACGCCUGCGGUCAAAGCAAUCUGAAUGGCGUGUGGUACUCGGGAGGAGUUUAUCGCAGCAAGUUUCAGGACGGCAUAUUUUGGGCGGAUUAUGGGGGUGGUUUUUACUCAAUGAAGUCUGUGCGAAUGAUGAUCAGGCCAAUUGACUGAAGAGUCUCGUCGAUCUGAUAAAGAUCAUCAUACAGCCAUAAUUAAUACGUCUGUUUAGGUCUGCGGAGGGUGGGGUAAGAUAAGCCAUUGUUUACAUAUGUGGUCCUCAAGAUGAAAGACAAUUAUUACAAUUAUUGAAUCUAAUUUCAGGAUGUUUCCUAUCAAUCUAAGUUAUGAGAACACACGUAUGACAUAUGGUUUUAAAAAUAUGGCUUCUUUUAAAAAAGGGCUCCUGUGGCUCAGUUUGCCCCAUGAUAGGGGAAAGUUGAUCCGCGUAAGGGGGUAAGUUGAACCAUAUAGAGAUAUACUGAGCAUGCAACUGAAUUUGAAUAAAGACCGUGUUUUUAAAGAUUCUCCUUCUAAAAAAGUAAUUCAAUCAUUAUUUUCCCUUACAACUACUAAUAGUUAUGUUUUUAAGCUAACUUAAACAAAACAUUUGCAAUAUCUUUAAUUUGCAAUAUCUUUCGGUUUGCAUUUCUGAAAUAACUUAAAAGUUUCAAACAAGCAAAGUUGCAACCUUCGAAAAACAGACUAAACAGAAAGUUUGUUGAUUAAAAAUAAAUGAAUUUCUGCUCUCACCAUGUCUGUUUUUGUAGAUUCUUGGCAUUAUACAGUGCUUUUUAACGCCAAACAUAAAUUAUACAGGUUUAAAAUUUUGAAAUUAACUUAAGUGUCGACACUGGCUCAAGUUUACUCACAGCAUGUGGCUCACUUUGCCCCACAGCUGCCACUUUGGAAAAAAACUAGCUUCUAGCUACUAUUUAGCCAAAUUAUUUGCAUGGUUUUAUAUGUUGGUAAAUCAUAAAUGUUUUUAGACCUGGAUACAUUUGCUUUGAUGUACAAGCCACUACAGCUGAUAUGCCAAAAUUUUACUUUGACAAGCCAAAAACAGCUUUUCAAGUCAAUUUAUGUUGUCCAAUUCUCCCAUGUGCUUCACAUUUUCACAUUCUGGCAGAAAUCAUGAGUGAUUCCAAAAUGUGUGGUCAAAUGACAACAAAAAUGUUAAGUCGCUGAGAUACAGUGUCAUGACGCACACAGACGGGCAGACUCAAAUGCGGGGGUAACAAAGCUUUUAUUGGUUACAGUGAGGCAAGAGCAAAGCAAAUAGUUCAAGGCACCAAUGGCAGCAAAAUAGUCCUCUGGAAUUAAUCGACCCGUCAGAUUCCAGUAGAGAGAAGUUGCACCCGUCAGGGCGAAGCUGCCGAACGGGCGAGAUGGCGAGAGCUCAGACGCCGUGAGAAUCGAGGUACGGGCGGCCAAUGACUGCCGCGGGGCAGAGAGCAGAAUAACACAAACAGGGGCAAAACGAGAAGCAAAAAACAAACAGGCUUUGAGGAGCAAAAACUCUUAAUAGCUAGACAGGACUAGGACUAGGAAACAAGGCUUCUACAGUACUAGACGCGCUAGCACUGGGCAGUCAGAGCUGGCGAAGAAACAAGCACGGUCUGACACAGGACAGGAGAACAAAGGGAAAUAAAUAGGAAAGCUACCUAAGGAUGAGUGACAACAGGCGGGAGAGAUAAUAGAUAUUACGGGCGCUAAUCAACGGGAAGACUCUACAGGUGAAAGAGUGCGAAGACGGUGAGUGGAGGAUACCAAAAGGGAGACACGGGGCGGCAUGAGUGACGCAGACACCGAGCACAUGGCGAGCUGUCAAAACAGAGGCGGCACGAGCUCGACACACAACAGAACACACGCAGGCAGGACACGGGUGCUUCAUCAACUUACCCACUGGCUCAUCUUACCCCACUCUCCCCUAUAUAAAGAGAAAAACAUAUCUGUGAUGCCUGCAGGAAGCGUCCUGUAUAUAUGCCACCGGGCAAAUAAAGCACCUUAAAGGCACAGGCACAUGAUCAAAUGUUCAUUUUGGUUUAGGUAAAAAGAGUCUACUUGUGGCAUUAUCUUCGCAAAAGCAUCUUGACUUUUUGUUUUUCACAAGUGUCUGGAACAUUAGUGCUGUAGACCUAAAAACUAAGCAUACAACCCCUGAAAUAUACGUGCUUCUUACCAAUAUAAAUAUAUAUUUAUUUCAAAGUGAUUUGAUUAUAAAAUAUUUUCUAUAGUUGUUCAAAUGCAAUGAGUUAGCAUACUGUUGCUGUUAGCAUUGUGCCAUAGUCUUUAUAUUUCUUUA